CUCCGCCCCCUCCUGGGCACUUGCCCCCCACGCGCCCCCCCUCCCUCGCCGCCGCCGCCGCCGCCGCCGCCUUUCUCGGGAGGGAGUGACAUGGAGCCGGCCGGGCCAGAGCGCCUUUUCCAGCACUUAAUUGAACCACUGAAUGACAGAACAGACAAGAAGUUCUACAAUGUUGCUAAACUGGGAGGCACCAAAUACGAUAUCCUGCCUUACUCCAUACGGGUACUGUUGGAAGCUGCUGUCCGCAACUGUGAUGGCUUCCUCGUGAAAAAAGAAGAUGCUAUGAACAUUUUGGACUGGAAAGAAAAACAGAACAAUGUUGAAGUGCCCUUCUGUCCUGCCAGAGUCCUUCUCCAAGACUUUACUGGAAUUCCUGCAAUAGUGGAUUUUGCCGCUAUGAGGGAAGCUGUGAAAAAUCUUGGAGGGGAUCCUACAAAAGUUCAUCCUGCCUGCCCAACAGAUCUCACUGUGGACCAUUCUUUGCAGAUUGACUUCAGUAAAUGUGCAAUACAGAACACUCCCAAUCCUGGAGGUGGUGAUCCACAGAGGCCACCACCAAAACUUUCUCCACUUAAAGCUCCUCGGAAGCUACCGUGCAGGGGCCAGUCCAGCUGCAGAGGGCCAUGUGAUGGAGAAUCUGGUCGUAACUCGGGGCCACUUUCUGUGCAGAUUGAGAACACACCUCCGCUGUGUCCUUUUCAUCUUCAACCAGUGCCUGAGCCGGAAACAGUGUUAAAAAACCAGGAGAUGGAAUUUGGUAGAAAUAGAGAGAGACUUCAGUUUUUCAAGUGGGGUUCCAAAGUUUUCAGGAAUGUCUCAGUAAUUCCUCCUGGAACAGGAAUGGCCCACCAAGUGAACCUGGAGUACUUGUCAAGAGUAGUAUUUGAUGUUAAAGGCUUCCUCUAUCCAGACAGCGUUGUUGGCACUGAUUCCCAUACAACAAUGGUGAACGGCUUGGGAAUCUUGGGAUGGGGUGUGGGUGGAAUUGAAACCGAAGCCGUCAUGCUUGGCUUGCCAGUCGCCCUCACCCUGCCUGAAGUGGUUGGGUGUCAACUGACAGGCUCAGCCAGCCCGCUUGCCACAUCAAUCGAUGUGGUCCUGAGCAUUACAAAGCAACUUAGGCAAGCAGGCGUGUCUGGAAAAUUUGUGGAGUUCUUUGGGCCUGGAGUUUCCCAGCUCUCCAUAGGUGACCGGACCACAAUAGCAAAUAUGUGUCCAGAAUAUGGUGCUAUCCUGAGCUUUUUCCCUAUCGAUAAUGUGACGUUAAAGCACUUAAAACACACUGGCUUUGAUGAGACCAGGCUUAAGUUGAUGGAAACAUAUCUUAAAACUGUGAAACUACUUCGAAGUUAUGAACUUUCGACAGAAGAACCUGAAUAUUCCCAGGUUAUAUGCAUAAAUCUGGGUUCUAUAAUGCCCUAUGUAAGUGGUCCCAAAAGGGCACAGGACAGAGUGGCUGUUACGAAUAUGAAGAGUGAUUUCCAGGCCUGCUUAAAUGAAAAGGCUGGCUUUAAAGGCUUUCAGAUUCCAGCUGAAAGGCAAAGGGAUGUGGUUCCUGUGGAGUAUGAAGGAAAUGAGUACAAGCUGGCUCAUGGAUCAGUCGUCAUUGCUGCAGUAAUCAGCUGUACAAACAACUGCAACCCCUCUGUAAUGCUAGGAGCAGGUCUGUUGGCCAAAAAAGCCAUUGAAGCUGGUCUGACUGUUAAACCGUACAUAAGAACCAGCUUAUCGCCUGGCAGCGGAAUGGUCACACACUAUCUCACUUCCAGUGGUGUAUUGCCAUACCUCAAUAAACUUGGAUUUGAGGUCGUUGGCUAUGGAUGUUCCACAUGUGUUGGGAAUACUGCUCCUUUGCCAGAAACCAUUCAGAAUGCAAUUGUGCAGGGUGACUUGGUUGCUUGUGGAGUUUUGUCUGGAAAUAAAAACUUCGAAGGCCGUCUCUGCAGCUGCAUCUGUGCCAAUUACCUUGCUUCCCCGCCUCUAGUUGUGGCUUAUGCUAUAGCAGGAACUGUGAAUAUUGAUUUCCAGACUGAGCCAUUAGGGGUCAGUCCUGAUGGCAAAAGAAUCUUCUUGCAUGAUAUUUGGCCCACUCGAGAAGAACUUCAGCAAGUGGAAGAAGAGUUCAUAAUAUCAUCCAUGUUUAAAGAGCUGAAGGGGAAAAUGGAGAAAGGAAAUAAGCGGUGGAAUUCCCUAGAAGCGCCUGAAUCAGUCUUAUUUACGUGGGAUUGGAAGUCUACUUACAUCCGAUGUCCUUCCUAUUUUGAUAAGCUUACCAAAGACCCUCUUCCACCCCAGUGUAUUGAAAAUGCGCACGUCUUGUUGUAUUUGGGGGAUUCGGUCACGACAGAUCACAUCUCACCCGCAGGAAGCAUUGCGAGGGGCAGCGCUGCCGCCAGAUACUUAACCAACAAGGGCCUCACGCCCCGUGAAUUCAAUUCCUAUGGUGCUCGGCGGGGAAACGAUGCAGUGAUGACAAGAGGCACCUUUGCAAACAUAAAACUUUUCAAUAAAUUCAUUGGGAAACCUGCUCCUAAAACAGUUCACUUUCCAACUGGACAGACGCUAGAUGUAUUUGAUGCAGCUGAGUUGUAUCGCAAAGAGAAUAUCCCUCUGAUAAUCUUAGCAGGCAAGAAGUAUGGACUGGGGAGCUCGAGAGACUGGGCUGCAAAAGGACCUUUUUUACUGGGUGUGAAAGCAGUUAUUGCUGAGAGCUAUGAGAAGAUCCAUAAAAGUCAUUUGAUUGGAAUGGGCAUUGCUCCGCUCCAGUUCCUCCCUGAGGAAAACGCAACAUUUUGGGGCCUGACAGGCAAAGAACAGUUUUCAAUCACAUUUCCUCAUGAGUUAUCCCCUGGAAUCUCCCUAGAUGUAAAGACGAACACAGGGAAAGUAUUUCAUGUGGUUGCCGCGUUUGACAGUGACAUGGACAUAACGUUAUACAAACAUGGUGGCGUUCUGAACUACAUGGUCCGAAGGUUGUUGUAGAGGCCUGCUCACACUUUGGGGGACUAUGCAUCAAUGGGCCAACCCCGCAAUGGCUUGCACAGGCCUCACUCCAUCGAUGGAACUGCGUACAGUCCUGCUGCACUCUGAAAUUUCGUCCAUGGAUGUAAAAGAUUGUGAAUUGUUGUAGUGACUGCAGCAAGAUCCGUCUGGAUUUUAAAAAUAAUACUCGAAUGGUGCUAUUGACAUUGCUUAAAAAUUGACGUGUGUGUUGUGAAAGAGAGCUGUAAGUAUGGGGAACGGCGGGAGGGGGUUGUCUUAGACCAUUUUGUAAAUAAAGUGACAUGAAACCUGAAACUGAAUUCUGUUGAAGAUUUUAAGCCAGAAGACUAUCUAUCAUUGGGCCCCACCCCAGUUUUGGCACCUUCAGCUUCCUUAUUGCUGUCUGUUGGUUUGAGGGCAGCACAUGGUUUGGCUUGAUGAGGAUGGGUAGUUUCCUUUUAAUUAAGGUUUCCAUAAAAGCAAAAGUCAGCGUGAAGGCCACAAGUUACAAACUUGAAGGGGAUUUGACCUAAGAGCAUACGUGUUCUGUGGCCUGGUUCGCACAACCAUGGCAUAGCAAGAGCAUAUUUAGCACGUCAUACAGACCAGAUGUACGUGAGGAGGCUGGGGAGUGUUUCUUCUGAAGGACACUGAGCUGAAGGCAAAACACCGCUAUUGGAGAACUGGUGUUUGCAGACAAACAAAAGCAGCACAGGGCGCUGCAGUCUUAACACAAAACUAUGUGAAUUUUUGACAAGGAUCUAGUACGGAUGUUUACGGGGUUCCCCCUCUGCUGAAACAGCAGCAAUCUGUUUUCCCCAUUUGCCUUUUGGAGUUAAUGGAUGUAGAGAAGCAGGGGCAAAACUAGACUUUAUUUCACCCAGGUCAAAUAUUUAGUUUGGCACACACACACACACCGCCCAUUUCUGCACACACACACAGGUUGAGAGCUUCAAUGGAAUUCCUCUGGAGACUUCACCUGGGGCAAAAAAACAGGCUAGCCCCCCCCCCAUAUGACCCUGAGAGAAGCAACCUGGGCUACCAGUCGCUGAGGAACUGAGCUGCAACAAUGGGUUUCAAUUAAUAAUUUUCACUUAUAACAAUCCAAUAAAAGCCACAUUAAUACAAUACCAAAUUAUAAUGUGAUUAAAAAAGCCAAUUAUCCAAUACCAAAUUAAACAAUUUUGAAUGACUUCCCGGGUUCUGGAUUUCAGGAAAUGAUGUUCUUAUUUUGUCCUGCUCCAAUACUCAUUCUUAGUCCAAAUACAACAGUUCCAAUCUUGAUCCUUUAUUUUAACAGCCACUGAUCUGUUUAUUUUCAUUCGUAUUUAACUGUUCCAUAUCCAUGAGUUUUGCAAGGGGGGGUUUUAUCCUGUAAAUUUCUGCGUGAAAUGUUUGUUUUUCGUUCAUCUUUACUCUUCAUGUUGUAAUCCAUCAUCCUCAGCAUUUCCCUUCACUUGCGCUUUCUGCACUCAAGGACUGCAAUUCUCACUGCAUCAAAUGCCAUUUUGCUUUCCAAGACAAAGAGAAGUCUGGUGUCUCGCUAUAGCCCCAGGAAGAUAUCCAGAAUUAUCUUCUUUGAUCCCUCUCGCAUCCGUUAACAAGCUGGUAUCUCGCCAAAGCCAUGAUAAGUCAGAACCAAAGUCCUGUAGGUCAAUGCCACAAAUCAUUUCAGUGUUUUCACACAGUUCAAUUCUUGCAAUUAAUCCGUAAAAAUUAUGAAGUUCUUGUUAAUUCCCUUUUGCAUUUUUUCCAAUCCAUUAACAAUUAAUACUUUGGGGGAGGUUUGCCAAAUCAUAAAACAGCAAAUAUAAUGUAUAUAGAGAAAGGGUAAAGGCUCCCAUCCCCCUACACACCAAUCAGGUUGAAAAUCCUCUCCAGAUUGAGACGUUGGCACUCAGUGGCUGAUUCAUUUAGCAGGUUAUCUUGUCCCCUUAGUCCAGAACAUGCCUGUUACUUAGAUCCAGAUCCAAAUCCAUCCUAAGAAACAGAAGAACCUCUGCUCAUAGUGACUGUGUUGGAGAGUUACCGAUACGUACAUCAGUGUCCCCUGCCUCCCUCAUUCCAUCAGAAUGAGAGGCAGGUAUCAGACGAUCGGCAAAUGAAGCUCACACACCCCGACCGGGGGGGGGGGGGGCCUUGCAAGGAUAAUUACUCUCAAAUUAUCCUUAAUUAGCUGCGCGAACGAUCUCCGCUAGUGUGGGAGCCGCUUUACACCAUGGCAGAAAGCACCAGAAGCCGCAACAAUGGGUUUCAACUUGUUCUGUUUUAACUAGCCUCUCUGGUUUUCUUCUCUUCUGCUUUUAGUAUGCAGUGAAAAACAGCUGCAAUUUUUUUGGCCUAAAGAAUAUUUUAAAUACCCACUUGCAUUGCUGAGGCAGCUCUGUGGUCUUGUACUCCCGUUUACAGGACGGGGAAUCAUUUCUUAAAGAUCCUUGCAUCCUGGGCCAAACCACCUAUUAAAACAGGGACAUUGCUGCUGCUGCUGCUUGGACUCUCAGUGUUGCCACUAGAAGCAGUUUCCUUUACAUAAUUGAGCAUAUUCUGUGUCACAGCAGGGAAAGCAGAGAAGGCCUGGUGGGUUUUAAAUGAGUUGUGUCAGAUUCUUUUUCACAUACUCUGUACCUUAAAGUAGUUUUAGUUAACAAACCUGGCCUGUGCCAAUUAUUCUACAGUAAGAAGUAACCUUUAAGAUUGACCUAGUCCACCAGAUAUACACAGUAAAAUUGGUUUUGCUCUUUGGGGAUUUCCACUGCACAAAAAUGUCAUUAGUAAUUAAAGUCCAUUUCAAUUUAUUGCAUAAAGAGCAAUUUAAGAACAAACGCACCCUCAUGCAGAA